AUUGUGUGUCUCAGAACCGGGUGUAGAUAUGUCGCUAUUACAAGGAUAUCUGUGUUAAUGUAACUCUGCUCUCUUAUGCAUGACGCAAAUAGUAAGGGAUCAGCGGCAAACGAGGCCACGCAUUGUCUGCCCCCCGCCCUCCCUCUGCUUGUCAGGAAGCAAGCUGAUUGGCCGAGGCCUAGCAAAGGGUGCCCGGGGAUCCAAAACUGCAGGCCGCACUUAGCUUACCGUCAAAAAUAAACCAAAACAAUAACAGACAAAACUGAGAAGGGGGAGAAACACCGAUAGAGUCAGAAGACGACGCUAUCAGGGAUUGAUUACUUUGAUGGAAGGAAGUCCAUCAAAUACCCCAUUGGUUGUAUUCUAAGUUUUUUUUCAUCAAAUGUGAAGUCUUUUUCUGAGUAAAGACAUGGAUCAAGGAGGAGGGGUGUUGGAGCUGCACACUCAGGAGCUGAAGAUGCCCCACGCUAUGAUCAUGCAAGACUUUGUUGCAGGCAUGGGGGGUCUGGCUCACAUUGAUGGGGAGCACAUUGUGGUGUCUGUGCCCGAGGGUAUGCUUCUUUCUGAUGUGAUGACGGACGAGGGCAUCCUCCUGGAGCAUGAGCUUGAGGUGGAAGGCCUAGAAACUCAGGUGGUUCAAAGCCUGGAGACGGAGGUGGUUGAAGAACUGGAGACAGAAGUGGUGGAGAGCUUAGAUGCAGAUGUUGAGGGCUUGGAGGCCGAAGUGGUUGAAGGGCUACAGACACAUGUGGUAGAGCUGGAGGCUCAGGUUGUCGAGGACCUAGAGGGUGAGGUGGAAGUGGACGGUCUGGAGGCGCACGUGGUGGAGGGCCUUGAGGAAGAGGUGGAAGUGGAGGGUUUAGAAGCUGAGGUUGUUGAAGGCCUGGAGGUUGAUGUCGAAAGUUUGCAGUCUCAAGGGGUAGAAGCCCAUGAAAUUACCACUGAAGACAUGGUGUCCUCAGAACACAGUGUGAUCAUGCCUGAGAAUAUUCUGGGCACAGAGGUUGCUAUAGAGGAAGAUCUGGACCCCCAUCAUCAUCACCAUCAUCAUCAUCAUCCUCAUCAUCAUCAUCAUCAUCAUCAUGUCCUAACCUCAGACCUCAUUCAGGACUCAAACCAUCACCAUGAUGACAUGCCAGACCAGGUGUUUGUGGCAGAGCUUCUGUCUGAGCACCAGGACAACACUCUGGACCACCAGCUUGUGUCAGAAGGCUUGAUGGUGACAGAGGCCAACUCCGAGACCAUAAUCCACGAACAGAUGCCAGCUGAGGAUGUUCCCCUGCAGACAGACGAGGAUGAUGAUGCAAGAAGCAGCUCUGAGGAUUACCUUAUGAUCUCCUAUGAGGUGGGAGAGAAGCUGGACAUAGGAGACACUCCCCUGGAGAUCAGCACUGAGGUAAUGGAAGACAAGGAAGCUAAAGAGGAGGACGGCACUGAGGUCAUCAAAGUCUACAUUUUCAAAGCUGAAGCAGAUGAUGAUUUAGGCGGAACAGAGGUAAUAACAGAGGAUGAUUACCAAAAUGGCCAUCCUGACCUGGAAGCUGCAUCAUCAGGCAGACUGGGAGUUGGCCGUGACAAGAUGGUCUACAUGGCAGUCAAGAACCAUCCAAAAGAAGAAGAGGAUGAUGAGGAUGACAGUGAUGAGGAUGACGAUGAUGACAUCAGUAUGUUCCUUUGUGAAACAGCUUUUAGUCCAUUUUGUCAGACAGGUUCUGUGGCUGUAAGUAAUACCAUUGAUCAGGUGAAGAAUGGAGCAGCUACACCAUUUCUGCAAAUCCGAGAGGGGCUGGGUGCAAACCGUGUCCUCAAACCCAAAGCUAAGAAAAAGAAGAAAGGAGAGAUACGACAGUGUCAGACUGGUAUGCACAGCAUACAAUUCUGGGAUCAUGAGAUUUCUGUUAUCAUUGGACCAGAUGGCAUGCCUUUGACUGUCUACCCCUGCCACAUAUGUGGAAAGAAGUUUCGCUCAAGAGGCUUCCUCAAAUGCCACAUGAAGAACCACCCAGACCACCUGCUUAAGAAGAAGUACCAGUGUACAGACUGCGACUUUACCACCAACAAGAAGGUGAGUUUCCACAACCACUUGGAGAGUCACAAGCUGCUGAGUCACAACAAUGAGCGCUCUCCAGAAUACAGCGAGUACGCGCGGCGCUACCAUGAGUCCAGCCCCUUGGGCUCUGACAAGCUCAUCGUCAAGGACCGGGAGCCCAAACUGCAUCACUGCAAGUACUGCGAUUAUGAGACAGCUGAACAGGGCCUGCUCAACCGUCACCUGCUGGCUGUGCACAGUAAGAACUUUGCACAUGUGUGUGUCGAGUGCGCCAAAGGCUUCCGCCACCCGUCAGAGCUGAAGAAACAUAUGCGGACCCACACAGGCGAGAAGCCCUACCACUGCCCGCACUGCGAGUUCCGCUGUGCAGAUCAGUCCAACUUAAAGACUCACAUCAAGAGCAAGCAUGGCGCAGAUCUGCCUUUCAAGUGCAGCCACUGUCCCCAAGCCUACGCUGACGCACGGGAACUCCAGCGUCAUAUAGAGAUGGUGCAGGGCCACAAGACCCACCAGUGCCCGCACUGUGAGCACAAGAGCACCAACUCCAGUGACCUGAAACGACACAUUAUCUCUGUUCACACCAAGGACUUCCCCCAUCAGUGUGACGUGUGUGAGAAAGGCUUUCACAGGCCCUCAGAGUUGAAAAAACACGCGGAGACACACAAGGGCAACAAGGUGCACCAGUGCCGGCAUUGUAACUUCAACGCUCCUGACACCUUCACUUUGAGUCGCCAUAUCCUGUCCUUGCAUACGAAGGACCUCCCCUUUAAGUGCAAGCGCUGCAAGCGAGGCUUCCGGCAGCCCGCUGAGCUGAAGAAGCACAUGAAGACACACAGUGGUAGAAAGGUUUAUCAGUGCCAGUAUUGUGAGUAUAACAGUACGGACGCUUCUGGCUUCAAACGCCAUGUGAUCUCCAUUCACACCAAGGACUACCCCCACCGCUGCGACUUCUGCACCAAGGGCUUUAGGAGGCCUUCGGAGAAGAGCCAGCACAUAGCCAGGCAUCACAAAGACAUGUUGAUGUAAUGUCAUCACGCACACACAAACACACUCCUCUUUCUCGAGUAAAUCUGUGUCACACACCCAGAGGUCAUUUUAGUGUAUUAACAAAGAAAUGGCGGAUGUAUGCUGUUGAUGAAGACGACAACAUUAUAAUUGCCGUUCUGUGUUGUAAUGGGUGUAAACCUCUUCCCCCAGGGGUAAUGCAAGAACACAUUUUAGAUGGGGGUGAAGUCUAAAAAAGACAUUGUGUACACUGAGUGGGAUAGCUGUAAAUUGUGUUUUGUUUUGUUGCAGAAAAUCACAUAUGAACAUAUAUUCAGGGUCUCAAAUGUCUAUAUUUUUAUACCCACUCAGCUAAAAUGCUGCAAGAUGAUGACUGUGUCCUGUAAAUCAGAAAGUGGUGCUUUGUGAACGUCAUGCCAGUUCUUCAGAUGAUGUGGAAUGAGUACUGGAGAGGUUUGCCUCCAAAGUACCAACUAGUAUCUCUUUUCCUUAUUAACCAACUUUUACACUGACAUUUGUUUCCAAUGCCAUGUUGUCUUUAAGGGGCAGGGCCAUUCAUGAGUACAUAAAUGGUUUUGAGUGAUGUUGUCACACUCUACGCACCUUAAAAGAUAUUUCAUUAAAUUGUAACAUUUGAACUUCCAUCAUUUUGGAUUUCCCUCCCAAGCCUGAACACUUGGAGUUCCGUUAAAUCAAUCAUGUAUAAUAUAGGCUGUAUUCUGUUAAAUAUGUCUUAAAAGUUGAAUCAGAAAUGUUGUGUUCUGAUCAGCAGUGUCUAACAAGGAAGGGAAAUGGUGCAGUUGGUAUAUUAGUAGAGUAUCCCUUUGGUGUACGCAACACAAUUCUGACACAUAAAUCUGCUUUUAUAUUCGCUAUGAUGGUGACAAUAUUUCACAGGUGUAUUAGUAUAUGAAGUUGACAGAUGGUUGGCUUCACGUUCAACCCCUAAAUCGGUUAGAUCUGACUGCCACUUGCCACUGCAAGUUGCAUAUGUGUGAUGUUACUUGUGACACAGACAUGCUCUCUCAGCUAACCAUAUGAUUGCAAUCAUGCCUUACAUCUGUUGGACUUUUUAAGCACUGAUGAACACAGCUAAUCAGAAAAUAAGUGAUUUUUAACAUGCUGUAUCAAUACCAUUCUCUCAGAGAUUGUGUUUGAGUCAGUAGAAAGCACCUUAAUAACUUUUGUAUUUUAAUUAUAUAUAUAUAUAUAUAUAUAUAUAUAUAUAUAUAUAUAUAUAUAUAUAUAUAUAUAUAUAUAUAUAUAUAUAUAUAUAUAUAUAUAUAUAUAUAACACAAACCCUAGUUAAUAAACAAUUGCAGAGCAUUGUGAGUUGGUAAAGGUAAAAAUUGUUUUGAGUGUUAUCUCUAGCAAAUGAGCACGAUCCAUUACUGCAUCAAAACUGAAUUGUCAUUGAAAGUGGUGGGUGAAACCAUUUAUUGUUUUGUUCUAUGGAUACGUGAUAUGGUUUUGUGUUUUGUUUGUGCUCACUAACAAGUUCCCCAGACCCUCGUCCUACAGUCCUAAAUAAUCCCAAUAACCCAAUCCCAAACAUGGGAUUAUUCCCGUGAAGUCAGUGGUCAUCAUAUUGGCAUUAGUCUUUAAAGUAUGCACAUAUGCUGUCUCCAUGAAAUUAAUUGUGGUAUAUAUUAAAAAUCCCCGCAUUUCGUGUACCUUAGUCUAUAUUUUCUUUCAGUCUGAUUGUGGAUAAACUACUGGUGGGGAAGAACCAAAAUAAACGAUUAUCUUUUUA